AUCUUAAUAAGCAUAUGGACUUAACACGAUUCAGACCAUGUCGGGCUCUCUUGCAACUAACGCAAGCGCAAAAUAUAUCUCAAACUGGAAACACUAUUCAAGCUCCAGCUCCAGUAGACAAUUUAGCACUAGCCUCCGAAGGCGAUUUAAUAUCAUUUGACAAAAACCCGCCAACACACCAGCCAGCUCAGCCGAGUGUGCCGGCAGUUGAUCUUUUAACUGGUGAUAUUCCAGAAGCAGAUCCCGAAGCUGGUCCAGGUCCUAGAACACAAAUACAUAGGGAGCAAAAAAAGAAAUUAGUUUUAACUAUAAAUGAACUAAUAAAAUGGUUAUCAAAACCAGAAAUAAAAAAUAACAAAAAAAUUAGAUCCAAAUUAGUUCCUAAAACAGAUAAAGAAUGGUUCGAUCUAAUGGAAUCAAAUAUUAGUGAACCUAGUAAUCCAGAACCUCAAGCUUAUCAUUUUCUAGAUUUGGAUAUAGAAGUAUCUUGGCCAGUCUUAUUUCCAGAUGACGAAAAACAUCGUGCAAUUUGGCAGAAAGGAAUUCAGUAUGCAAAGGAUAUAUUUAAGGUAGAUGGAGCUGAAUAUGCCUUUUCAACCUGGUUUAUAGAUACUGAGGAACUUAAAUUAGAAGCUGGAAUGACCGAAGGGCGAGCCCAAGAAAUUUUGAAUGCAAUCGAUAAUAGUGAGUUCUUAAUAAGGGUAAAAUUCAUUCGAGAUGAUUCUGUAUAUAGAGAUGAAUCUCAAGCAAAGAUCGCUUUUAAAAUUAUUGAUAAAUAUGAGCCUAUUCGUGAAUCAAAAAAGGCAGGUGGAAAAUACGUCGGGGGUGGUCCAAAUGUUAUACUUACAAAGAAAACGAAACCAGGAUUUUGGGUAGGAAUAGAUGAAAAAUUUUUGGUUAGAGAAGUCAGUGAGCAAUCUGAGGUAGGGAAGCUUGACAGUAAUGCAGUAGUAUAUGGAUUAUAUCGAAUCCGAAAGCCAGAUGUCAAUCGAUUAAUACCUAUAAAAGAUGGAGCACUUAACUGUGUAGCUCAACGAGUAAUAGAGCAUUUUGAUAACACUAAGCGAGGGCAUGGACUCACAGAAAUUC